UCUGUUUCUCUCUCACAUACUUUCUCUCUCUCUCAAUCUAUAUCACCCUCUCUCUUAAUCUAUCUCUCCAUCUUUAUUUAUCCGUCUGUUUCUCUCUCUCUCUCUCUCUCUUUCACGUUUACAACCUUCACUUCCUCAACAAUAACAACUACAACAUGAAUUACGUCUAAAGCACCAAUAACGCGAUUAAGAGCACCACAACUGAACAUCCACGUGGUGGAUCAACCUGCUAAAAAUAGUAGCUGCAUAAUCCUGAAAUCACGCACCGUACCGUCUGAAAUAAGGGUAAGGAAGGACGCACUGAAUAAUGUAAUCCAGCGUAUCAUUGAAACAGACAGGAUGGUCACGGCUGGAAUAAUGCCACUGAUCAUAGGGUUGCUCGAUCAGGGAUAACCUGGAGCUAAACAACAGCAUCGUUGCUAACAACAGCACAACCAAUACCACUACGACCAUACCACCACCACCACCACCACCACCACCACCACCGCCACCACCGCUGCCAACAACAACAACAACACUACCGAGGAAUCCUCUUAGUGAUCACUCGAUCUGCUAGUAAAAGCAACUAAAUUCCUCUCAAACCAAACCCAACCGUCUUAAUGAAAGCAGAACGCAAUUCGGAUAAUAAACCUCAUGCAUUGUUUAAAAAUAAAAUGGCAUGAUUACGGCUGGAUCAUUUUGAUCAUAAGUCUACUAAACCAGGAUUGACCUUGGGUUAGAUAACAGCACUAUUACUCCUACCACCACCACCACCAGCACAACUACCACCACCACCACCACUACUAUCAAUACCACCACCACCAACAACAACAACAGCAACAACAGCUCCCACAAUUACAUCCUCACAAGUUAUGAUAAUUAAAACGCUUAAUAAUACAUCAGGGAUACAGAUAAAAGAAAAACAAAUUAAAUCAAUUAUAUAACACUGAUCAAUACAAAAGUCAGAUCAGAUAAUGACAUCCCCAUCCCAUCAAAACAAACAUACUGAUUUACACAAACGCAAAAUCGCAUUCAUUUUCUAAAAUCUCAUUUGCAAACAAAUAUACAUACAAUACAUAUAUUUGUGCACGUGCACGCUCACGCGCAAACACACACACACACACACACACACACACACACACACACACACACACACGCACGCACACGCACACAUCCCUAUCUAUCUAUCUAUCUAUCUAUCUAUCUAGCUGUUUGUCUACUAUAUAUUCACACACAUACACACUCUCAUAUACAAUGCAUGCAUACAUAUUAAACUAUUCAUUUACAUAUCUGCAUAUACAAUUAUGUAUGUAUAUAUAAACGUGUAUAUAGAUGUAUAUAAAUACGUGUAUAUUAAUGCAUACAUAUAUCAUUAUAUAUAUGGAAAUAUAAAUAAUAAUAAAAAACUAACGUCCCGAAAUGAUAAAGGAUUAGUAGAGAUUUACCAGGAGGUCUAAUCUAUACAACAGGAAUCAAGUAACAACAAUAACAACAAAUAACUGGAACAAAAAUAAGAAAAGCAAUCGCAGCAGUAGUAGCAACAGCAACAACAAAAGCAAUAAAUAUAAAAUAAAUAUUUUGAUUAUAGUCUAACAAAGCACGAAGAUAAAAAAAAAUUUAAAAAUAAGUAUAUAUACAUACAUACAUAUAUAUGUAUGUAUUCACACGAUUGUUUCCAUAUUUAUAUAUGUAUUUUAUGCAUGUCUAUAUAAAUGUUCAGGUGUCUUGGAAAUUCUCUUCGGAUUAAUCACCUUUAAAACAACUCUUUGCCUCGCCUCGCCUCGCCUUUCUUCGGUUUUAUCAUUACCUCACCAAUGUGGGAAACUAUUCAGCGCCAAUUAACCAUAAUUGUGAUGUAAUGUUCAGCAACAGGAAAUGACGUCACUGGGAUGGAAGCUGUUUCUCUUAAUGAUGGUGUUCUCCAACAGUUGCCAUGGUCUACCCCCAGAGUGUAACCGGCAAUACAUCUUUGGAGACAUGCGAUGUGACUGGUGGAUAGGAGGCCCUCGGGACGCCUGGAUGUACGACAAAUCUUCUCGCACCUGUCGACAAAUCCCUUUUCACACUUGUCCCUUGUAUGAAAAUCGAAUUUCAGAGGUCACCUUCAUUUCUCUCUCCCGUUGCGAAAAAAAGUGUAUCAAAUGCGAUACAAAAGUGAUCUACGCUGACAUGCGGUGCGACUCAUUCGAAGGCAAAUUCAGACAGAUAUGGUUUUAUGAUAACCGACGCAACGUAUGCCGUACUACAAUGUUUUACACCUGUUCUAAAUACUUACACAGAGUUGCAGACGUCGCGUUCAUUCGUAAAAUAGACUGUGAAAAUUACUGCCAACGAGGUUCAUUCAUGCCUUUGGUGAACAAAGAACUCUUUGCAGUUCGGAUUCACUUCUACAUCACCAUGCUGAAAAUUAUACUGGACACUACGGAAGUCAGCAUAUCUAGCGGAAGUAUUGAGGAGACGGCACCCAUUACAGCUCGCUGCCAACCGUUGGUGUUUCAUCCCUGUAUAUCUUUAGGUUAUUCUCAGACAUUUUUCCCAAAUCUGUUUGGUGACGAUAACCAGACUGCUGCUCGGCAACGCUUUCGAACUGUAGUUGAACCUUUACUGGAUCGAAGAUGUUCCAAACAACUGAUGGGCUUUUAUUGCGGCCUCAUCUUUCCGAAAUGCACAGGUCGAAUUCCUGCGUUUCCUUGCAGAGAUUUGUGUGUUGAUGUAUGGAAAGGAUGCGGUGACAAACCUACUCUAGGAUUGUGUAAUCAUUUGGUGGAAGAUAAACCACGUUGUUUCCGCCCUCGACCAACAUCAGCUUAAAAUGUAAUUUCUACUCAGAGAUCUCGUCUGCAUAAAAUAUGAAUUAUCAGAUGUUGACAAUAUUAUGGUCCAGUCGCCAGGAAUGAAUUUAAAAAAUGUUUAUGCAUCGAUGUCCUUUCAAAAUAAACCAUAUGAAGUUCUGUGAAGAUGUCCAUGGCAGAAGAACGCUGAAGUGGGUAUUUUACCGCGUGUGAUUUGGCACCUAACAGUUGUGAGUUCAAGUUCCACAGAAGUCGACUUUGUUUUCAUUUCACUUUGAGAUGGAUGAGGAUCGAUAAAUUAGUACCAGGUAUAUAUAUGAAGUGAACAAUUUGAUCGUAUAUAUCAUAUGUUUAUUUCCUUUCCAUUGAGUACUUUUCAAUUCUUUACUGAAUGAAACGUUAGUGUGGCUUGUUAAUUUAGAGAUGGAUGAAAUUUGAAUUCAGAAUACAAAGAACCAGAACAAGUAUCGAUAUUAUAUCAAUUCCGCUGUUUUUCCAUCUUGGAGAGGUACUUUAUUUAUCGAACUAAAAAAGAGGAAAGGCAAAGUUGACCUCAGCUGGAUUUGAACUCAGAGCGCACGCAUAGAACCAAAAUGAAUAUCGCAAAGAAUUCCAUUCGAAGCUCAAAUGGCCCUGCCAAUUUGUAAUGCGUACGUACCUACAUAUGUAUAUAUGUAUGUAUGUAUGUAUGUAUGUAUGUAUGCAUGCAUGCAUUGUGUAGGUAUGUAUGUAUGCAUUUGUGUUUAUGUAUGUAUGUACGUGCGUCUAUGUAUGUAUGUAUGUAUGUAUGUAUGUAUGUAUGUAUGUAUGUAUGUAUGCAUGUAUGUAUGUAUGCAGGGAACGAUUCCAUACACAACACUUGAAUUAACUUGGCCUUUUUUGUUUAAUCAAAAGAAGUCAAUAACGACCAAAGAAAUAAGGCAGUAAAAAAAAUUAGAGAUGAAAGAAAAUGAAAGGAAUUUGCUUAUGGCUCUGACAUUUUCCAUCUCUUAGCAUCGUUUUUGUAUCGAGCAUCAAUACCAACCUUUAGCAAUUGUCUCAUCUUUGUGGCUUGACAUCGUGUCCUAGUAAAAUGUUUUGGAAUCACAUUUAACUGCAAACAACCUCUGCCCUUGGAUAGAAAGGCCAUUUUAUUCAAAUUGGCAGCAGUAAGAAUAAUUCUUGACUUCUAUGAACGAACUUGACAAUACACUUGUUAUGUUCUUUAGAAAAGCAAAUAUUUUCAGGCUAAAUUCUUUAAGCUUUGUCAAUGCCACUAACAAGAAAGACAAAGACAAAGCAAUAAUAAUAAUAAUAAUAAUAAUAAUAAUAAUAAUAAUGAUGAUGAUAAUAAUAGUAAUGAUGAUAAUAAUAAGAAGAAGAAAAAGAAGGGCAAUAAUAAUAAUAAUAGUAAAUAAAUAAAUAAAACAACAGCGACAAUAGUAACAAGAACUAAAGCAUUAAAAUACAAUAAGAGCAAAAAAAACAAACUAAGUUACAACAACAAGAAACACCGCCGACAUCAACAUCAACAUUAUCAGCGACUAAAGCAGUUAACAGUAGUAGCUAACCAUCGAUACAAGUCGAUGUAAAGUAAUAGAAAUAAUAGAUAUAAUAAAAAGGAAGUAGAAGAAAACCCUGCUUAAGCAUACUUCACACACAACCCGCACAUUCACACGCGCACCUGCUCACGUACACACAUGUGUGCGCU